AGUUAUCGAACAGUGAAAACCAAUAGAAAACCAAUUGCCAUGUAUGGGACACAUGUCAAUGCAUGUACACACAAAGUGAUAGUCUGAGCUCAUUCUAAGUUGUAGUUUUGUGUCUCCAACUUCCUGAAUACUGUACUGAAGUUUCUCAGCUACAUGUUCUGAAUUGUAAUAUACAUGUAGCAUCUGGUUGUAGUCCUUACACGCGCUGCAUUUCCCGAAUAUAUCUGCGUCGGUUUUAGCAUGGAGGAAGGAAAACAUGGUUUUAGGCAUACAUGAGCUUGUUUGCAAGAUGAUUGACAAUUUAGUGCAAGUGUACACAUAGUGCCAUCAUAUUUCGCAGGAUGACUUUGCAUGGAUUGUUUAGUAUACGCAUGGCGGAAAUUAUGAAGUUAGACUUGAUCAGUGAUAACGAUGGAUUUUCUGCCCUGGAAGACAGAAAGGGCAUGGAGGCCAUUCCGGGGAAUGUUAGCCUGAUCAAAGACAAGCAGAACCUGGUUGGUAUCAGCAUAGGGGGUGGUGCCCCGCUAUGCCCCUGUCUCUACAUUGUACAGGUGUUUGAUAAUACCCCAGCAUCUAAGGACGGCACGCUGGCGUCAGGAGACGAGAUUGUGGGAGUCAAUGGAAAGUCGGUUAAAGGGAGGACAAAAGUGGAGGUGGCUCGGAUGAUACAGGCCAUCAAGUCGGAGGUGAUCAUGAACUACAACAAGUUGCACGCCGACCCCAAGCAGGGCAAGUCCCUGGACAUCGUCUUGAAGAAGGCCAAGCAUCGCAUGGUAGAGAACAUGAGCUCCUCCACUGCAGAUGCCCUGGGUCUCAGUCGGGCCAUCUUGUGCAAUGAUGUGUUAAUUAAGAAGAUGGACGAGCUUCAGGGGACAGCGGUGAUGUACAAGGGCCUGAUGGAACACGCCAAGAAGAUGCUGAAAGCAUUCUAUGACCUCUCCCAGACACACAAAGCUUUUGGCGAGAUCUUCGGCGUCAUUGGUGCCAGGGAGCCCCAGCCAAAGGCUAGCGAGGCAUUCACAGUGUUUGCAGACGCUCACAGGAACAUGGAGAAGUUUGGCAUCCGUCUCCUUAGAACAGUCAAGCCUAUGCUGACCGAUUUGGGUACCUUUCUCACCAAAGCCAUUCCAGACACCCGCCUCACCAUCAAGAAAUACGCAGAUGCCAAGUUUGAGUAUUUGUCCUAUUGCUUGAAAGUAAAAGAGAUGGAUGAUGAAGAAUAUGCUUAUGCUACACUGGGGGAACCACUCUACAGGGUUGAAACGGGCAACUAUGAAUACAGGUUAAUAUUGAGGUGUCGUCAGCUAGCACGAGCCAAAUUUGCCAAGCUGCGGUCUGACGUCAUGGUCAAAUUGGAGCUGCUGGACCAAAAACACGUGCAAGACAUAGUCUUCCAGCUGCAAAGGCUUGUCUCUGCCAUGGCCAACUAUCUGCAAGACUGCCAUCAACAGAUGAAGGAAGCCGAGAUAUUCCCCAUUGAGGUGGAUCUGUUGCGCACCACCAUCAAUUACGACUCCGCUAACCGGUUUGACGACGAUGAUGAAGAUGACGAUGCUGCGGGAGAAGAAGUGGAUGCAGUGGUGGAGGCGGAGGAGGAGCUCAUCUCACCGGCUACAUGAACAAAUGGAUGCAGUGUUGGAAUUGAGUCCAUCACAAGCCCAUCACAAAGCCACCACAAGCCCAUCACAAGCCCAUCACAAGUCC